AAUUUUAAAACAUUCAAGAGAAGUUUCGCAUGUACUAAAUUGCCUUUCUUAAUUGUACUUAUUAUUGCUCCAUCUUCUUUGAGCUAUUAGUAAUUAAUUUCGAUUCAAAUUGGAUGAAAUUUGCAGGUAGGGAGGUAUGGAGGCGCUAUGCAUCCCACUCAGUACAAAACAUCACUCCUCAAAGGCCAAGAGAGGCAUAUGUGAGUAUCCUCCAUUCCUCAGAAACCUAUGUUUGCGGUGCAAUAGCUUUGGCUCAAAGCAUAAUCCAAACCAACUCCACCAAAGACUUAGUCCUUCUUGCAGAUGACUCCAUCUCUCGAAAAUCACUUCAAGGGCUUAGGGCAGCUGGAUGGAAGGUCAAGCACAUUGACCGCAUUCGAAGCCCAUAUGCAAGAAAAGAUGCCUAUAACGAAUGGAACUACAGCAAACUUAGGGUUUGGGAGCUAACAAACUAUGACAAAAUCAUUUUCAUAGACGCUGACCUCAUAGUUCUCAAGAACAUGGAUGGUUUCUUUGUGUAUCCACAGCUUUCAGCUAUUGGCAAUGAUAAGUUUUUAUUCAACUCAGGGGUGAUGUUGGUUGAGCCAUCCAAGUGCACAUUUGAAACCCUAAUGGAGAAAAGGUACAGAGUGGCUUCAUAUAAUGGGGGUGACCAAGGUUUUCUCAAUGAAAUGUUUACAUGGUGGCACCGGUGGCCUUCAAAGGUGAAUCAUCUCAAGAUAUCUAUAGGGGAUCACAAUAAGGUACAUGAUCAAAUGAUCCCUGAGAAUAUAUAUACCAUACAUUACUUGGGUUUGAAGCCAUGGAUGUGCUAUAUGGACUAUGAUUGUAAUUGGGAUAUGUUGGACCGCCAUCGUUAUGCUAGCGAUGCAGCUCACCAGAGGUGGUGGCAGGUUUAUAAAGCCAUGCCGAGGAGGCUACAAUCGUAUUGUGCACUUAGUGAAGGAAGGGAUGCAAGGAUAAGAAAGUGGAGAAAGAGAGCUAAGGGUGCUAAUUUUCCUGAUGGGCAUUGGAAGAUCAAGGUGAAAGACCCUAGGCGACUUCAUUCCUGAUGUUUGUAUUUGUAAAUUAAAAAAGAUUUGAGGGUUUCCUCCAAAGGAAAGGUUCUGAAGAAUGAAUACCAUUAGACAUAGAAUUUUUUUUUUCCUUUUCAAAAUCACAACUCAAUGGUGAUCUUGGAAAAAGCUACACCAUCUUAAUUACAUAUUUCACAUGCAAAAAGAAUUGCAUAUAGGUCCCUUUUGUAUUGCAAUUGUUGAUUGAUUAAAGUGCAAUUGUAAAAAUUGAACAUACAUACCCCAUACAUAUAAGGUCACUUAUCUUUCUUCC